AUGCGGGGCCGGCGGCGGAUUUCAUCACCGCGCACCACGCCCGCCCCUCCGCGCCCCGGAUGCGCCGGCCCCCCCGCACCGGGCUCGGCGCGCCCAUCCCCGCGCCGCGGGCCGCCCCCCGCAAUGCCCCGCAGCCCCGCGCGGGGCCCUUUAAGAGCCCGGGGCCGGGCCCGCAUAAAAGGCGCCCGCGGGGGUGGGUCGGGCGCGGGCGGGAAGAUGGCAGCGGUCGCAGCCGGGGCGGGGGCCGCGCCGGCCCAGCAGCAGGGAGAGGCACCGCGGCGGCGCAGGGCCCACAAAGAGGUGCUGGUGGCUGUGCCCCUGGGCAAGCACCCGCUGCAGAACAGGUGGGCGCUGUGGUUCUUCAAGAAUGACAAGAGCAAGAUGUGGCAGGCCAACCUGCGCCUGGUCACCAAGUUCAGCACCGUCGAGGACUUCUGGGCGCUGUACAGCCACAUCCAGCUGGCCAGCAAGCUGACGUCAGGCUGUGACUACUCCCUCUUCAAGGACGGGAUCGAGCCCAUGUGGGAGGACAACCGGAACAAGUGUGGCGGGCGCUGGCUCAUCACACUGGCCAAGCAGCAGCGGCACACCGAGCUUGAUCACUUCUGGUUGGAGACCCUGCUGUGCCUCAUCGGGGAGUCGUUUGACGAGUACAGCAGCGAGGUCUGCGGCGCUGUCAUCAACAUCCGUGCCAAGGGCGACAAGAUCGCGGUGUGGACCUGCGAGGCCGAGGACCGCGAGGGCGUCACCCACAUCGGGCGCGUGUACAAGGAGCGCCUGGGCCUGUCUUCCAAGGUUGUCAUCGGCUACCAGGCCCACGCGGACACGGCUACCAAAAGUGGCUCCCUCACCAAGAAUAAGUUUGUGGUGUGAGGCCGGGCGGGCCCUCAAUGAAAGCACUGCAGCCA